GCUGCUGCACGGGAUUUCCUUGCUUGUGUGCUCUUGCGCCGUCGUCUUUUGGACCAAAGCGCCCAAGACCUAGGAACGGACGUUAGAAAAAACCCAAACCCCCCAGCCGUUGGCAUGGCCGUGGCCUCUGCUCGUUCUUUGCUAUCCACCCGGUCCGUUCAUCUGCUCCACCCGUAGUCGCCGGCCACUUUUCUUCUUGGGACUGCGGAUCAAGCUGAUCAACGCCUCUUGACCCUCGCCAAUACAAGUAGGCAAGUUCGCGCACAGAACAGCUGGCUAAGAUUGCCCGCGACAUCGGAGCCAUCCUCCUUGCUGGCCUGGCUGCCACCAACUCAAAAUCGCACCGCCUACCAACUAAAUCGCCGUCACCCACGCUCGCGCAAGCUCGCUCGCUCAGAACUGAGGAGGCUAACGCUCUAGCCGAAUCCUGGGCUUCCGGCUCCGGCGGCCGCAUGAAAUCCGAGCGAUGAUGAGCGUGCUAAGUUCGCCCUCGCCUACCCUCUCUCCCAACCCGGGCUUUGCGCACGAUCAGCCGCACCACAAUCAUCAUCACCAUCACCAGCGCUCUUCGUUCGCAAGCCUGCGACGGUCUACUAGCUCCUCUCAUCGCUCCUACCGCCUGUCCCCCUCGUCGAGCCAGGCCUUUCCCACCAGUCAUGCGUCGAGCCCGGCGUCGUCGAUCCACAGUUCCGCCACCUCCAACCUUCCAACAAGCAUCGAACUCACGCCCACGUCUGCUCCCAAGCGGCGCGCCGUCGACGAAGGCGGCAGGGGCUACGCGCUGAGCAAACCGCAGACUGUCGACGCUGGCACACAAUACUCCCCUACCGACUACCCGCCCACUGCCCACCUGCGUAGACCCGCUAUGGCGUGUCUGUCGAGAGGGCAGGACGCGCAAGUUCACACGACGGCAACUGAUACGGCUCGUAAUGUCGGCGUUGGCGGCAGUGGCAGCGAGGAUGUCGACCUUGUUAAUGAGCGGCUUGAGCGAACAGAGUCCUGCACCCCGCCGGAACCGUCUUUGAGGCAGGAUCCGCGGCCACACACGCCAACAGCCGCUUCCUCAAGCUCGGCCAGUGUGAGUGUCGCGUCUUCGACUUCCAACGAUCUCGACUCGCCCACCAAGAAACCUCGAGGUGAGACAUCGGUCAAGGUUAUGCCGCUGGACUAUAUGAAGUGCGACGUUCGUGACUUGGGCAUCGUCAUUUCGGACAUGCUGAUGGAACUCAUUCGCAUCAAUGAUCCAUUGCCGGUCAGAAAUGAGCAAUUGACGAGGUAUCACUCUAGAGCACCACCAGGCAUUUCCGUGCACGAUUAUCUAACUCGACUCAUCGUGCACGCCACGCUUUCACCACCCAUUCUUCUCUCUCUCGUUUACUACAUUGACAAGCUCUCUGCGUUGUACCCAAUCUUCAACAUCAGCUCUCUGACAGUACACCGCUACCUCAUCACGGCUGCGACUGUCGCUGCGAAAGGUUUGAGUGACAGCUUCUGGACCAAUAACACAUACGCGCGUGUCGGAGGUAUAAGCGUUCGCGAGCUGGCGCUGUUAGAGCUUGAUUUCCUCGAGCGAAUGGACUGGAGAAUUGUACCUCCCGCGGAUAUUCUGGUGGACUAUUAUAGGAACCUAGUCGAGCGCAACGACAAUUAUGCGCUCGAGCGGCAGUCCGAUAAUAGCAUGCAUGGCUGAUGGAAAUAUACCUUGAUCCAUCUUUGGCGAUUCUGAGCCAGAGAAUCACGCGAUCGUUCCACAUACAAGCCUCCUUCUACCAGCAGAAGAGCAAUGGGCUUUGCCUUGUUUUGCCUUUGAAGCGAAAGGCCAAACUGCAAAAUCCGACUAAUCAAAGCACCGGCUGAAGUCGCGCCAUUGCCAGUGACAAUUUCGUUCAAGUGGCUCACAGCGUGAGGUAAGACAAGGAACAACGGUUUGACGAAGUAGUCUUGGUUGUACCGGACUGCCCGGGAUAGCUGGGUCAAGACGGUGCAGAGGUCCAGAAAUUCCUUCGCUUUACCGUGGCCACAUUUCUCGUGCGGUGGGCGGUCACGCUAAGGUCAGAAGCAUUUCUCCAAUCGUUCCGAAGAGGCUCUUAGUCUCUGGAAGGACAUUGUCGUUGCCAAGUGACCCAAAUUGAAAUGGGUAUCGGGAUCAUGCGCAAGCCGAAAGCGAGCUGCAGAUAUUUCACAAUGGCAAACUUAUCGAACCAUCCACGAUGGCAAGAGAGCAGACGGAGGAAGUAUGUGGACAAGGUGUGAUGUCCAGAGACAGGAAGUCAGUGUUAUCGCAUAAUUCUUGCCCCUGUGCAAGGCAAUUGUUGCAAUGAACUUUGCAUAUGUCUGGCGACUAGAACCUUUGUAGAAUCUGGCAACGGACACAGAGUAGAGGCGUUUGGAUUGGCGGGAUCGAGACUCAGAUUCGUUGGGCUACGAAUGACAGCGUUUGUGUCGCAUGGGCUGGACCAUCGCUGGACUUGCAAGGCUCCUGUGGAGCCUUGUUCAACCUUUUACGAGGCGGAGGAUUGCUUUCAAUACAAGUUGAACGUCAAGGAAUAUUGAAUACCCUAGGCUGGACGCUAACGAAAGAUUAUGGCUAAUGGAAGAGUUUCCUAUCAGAGCUAGUCGCUGAUGUUCACAUCUUCAUCCUCAUACUCGAAAACUACAUCCAAUCACAGGUAAAGGCCAAGAUGAAUUUCAGUUUGACGAUUUAGAAUGUUCAGUUCUAGUCGUCGCCACGAACAUAUAUGCAUCAUGAUUAGAUGCAUGAUUAAGCAAAUACGCUUGGGAAGAUCUGCUCAGAUAGAGAGAAAAUCAAUCUUUAAUUAAUAGGACAACAUGCUUUCAGCGUCACAUCUACAUGGAUGGCGAGGUACUUGCCGGGCAUUCAGCUCCCUAACAUGCUGACCUUGCAUAUGACUUACAGGGCGAGAAACUACGUCGGACGAUGCGUGGAGGUGAAGCGGAAAUAGGGACAAGGAACACAGUGUUGGUUUAAAACAAGUCUGGGUUCCUGUCAAACAGUACAGGACAAAUAAGCACAACACUUUAAGCAGCGAUAACGUCUUGCGAGCAUUUAUCGUCUCGCGGCUGCUUUCGGGCCCAAGGGUAAAGAAGAAAAGAGGAAAGGAAAGGCGAAAAAGGACCACAGCCAAAUCUUAGCUUGGGCUUGUGCAGAAACACGAGGAAGAAAUCUUGCUGCCCGUUCGCGAAUGGACGCUAUCGUCGAGCGAGCUGGAUCUUUAACUCUGUCACGACACGAGGACAGAUAUCAGGUACGUUGUUCUACGGCUCACGCGCUAACACAAUACAGUCACUUACAAAGAAUAUGUGACGCAUAGACUCCCUUAGAAACAUGAUGCUCAGUUACCAGGAAUGUUACAUAGGACAACAUACUACCGUCUUAUGCUACUGUCUUCUAGUACCUUCUCUUUCUUAUCCUCAACUUUACACAGGGGUCGGUAUGUCGGUUGAUCGAUUCUAAAUUCUUGGCAGAUGAAGCCUUUGCCUCGUUAGUAACUGGCUGGCCGAACUUGUUAACCUGAAGGAGCGAAAAGCUUGGGUGAUCUAAGGUGUCAUAUCUACCCUUUCUCGAGCCCACGCGCUUUAUCUCCGCCAAACCAUUUCAAGGUGGCCUAGGCUCUGGACAGGAAUGUUAAGCAGCCGCAGCUGCGAUACUCAAGCCGUUUAGCCGUCCUUCGUUCUUCCAGUCGUCUAGUGUCAUCAUCUGUCAUGAUUGCUCAAGUAUUAGCCAGUGCUUGGACAUGUGUGUACCCAUAGCACAAGUAUUUAACAACGGCUAAACAAGAAGAUUUAAGCAAAGAAGGGUAGUUAGAA